GCAAGAUAAUAUAUUUUUUAUUUUUUUCUUCUUCUUCUUCUUCCGAAUUCCUCAACUGUUGUUGUUUGUUAAUUGGUUUUGGGGUUUCAAAAAUGGCAGCAAGGAAGAUGUUUUUUGGUUCAAAGCCAAGAUACAUCUACCCAACCUUGGAAUUUGAUGAUGGGAAUCUCAUCAACAACAGCCCGAUUCAUAAUAAUCUCUUCGAGUUCGAUGAGGAUGAUGUAUGGAACAAUUCAAAUGAUCCAGCGAUGGCCAGCAUGGAGCCCAAGAAGCCAUUGCCCAGUUCAAGAGCUUCGUCUAAGAAGGUUUUGAAAAAGAUUGAGAUUAGUGAUAAGAAUAAACAUAGGAGUGCCCAAAUGGCAGCUGCUUCAGCUUCAUUGCCGGUCAACAUCCCGGACUGGUCCAAGAUUCUCCAAGCGGAAUACGUAGAACACGGCAAGACCGAUGAAGAUGUUGUCGGAGAGGACGACGGAGAUGGAGACGGAAGGGUUCCGCCGCAUGAGUACCUGGCUAGGAGGAGAGGCGCUUCGUUUUCCGUCCAUGAAGGAAUUGGAAGGACUUUAAAAGGAAGAGAUUUGCGUCGUGUUCGAAAUGCUGUCUGGAAAAAAACAGGUUUUGAAGAUUAACAGUAAAAAAUAAAAUCCAG